AUGAAGGAAUCAUCUCUACAAAGUCUGCUCUUCCUCAACUUGCUGCUGUGGAGUCUCACAAACCAAGCUGGUCUGACUGUGAGUCCCAGCAGAUCUCAGUUCUUUAAAGGAGACUCUGUGUCUCUGAGCUGUGAGGAGGACAACAUCUCUACUGGAUGGACUGUGAGGAGAAACACAACCAGAGAAACCAGUACGCCAUGUGGAGAUGGAUGGGGAGAACCAGCUGGUUCCUCCUGCAGCAUCAGCCUGAUGUUCCUGUUUGAUACUGGAGUGUACUGGUGUGAGUCCAGAGAGGGAGCAGCCAGCAGCAGCAUCCACCUCACUGUCUCUGGUGGAUCAGUGAUCCUGCAGAGUCCUGUCCUCCCUGUGAUGGAGGGAGAUGACGUCACUCUGAGCUGUCAAACAAAGACUUCCUCCAACCUCCCAGCUGCUUUCAUUAAAGAUGGCUCCCUCAUCAGGACUGAGUCUGCAGGUCACAUGACCCUCCACCAUGUGACCAGCUCUGAUGAAGGUCUCUACAAGUGUAACAUCAGUGGUCAUGGAGAGUCUCCAUCCAGCUGGAUCUCUGUCUCAGAGAAAAACACCAUGACUCCUCCACCUGCAUCCACCUCUCCUCCACCUACAUCCACCUCUUCUCCACCUCCGUUUCUCUUCCUCUGCCUUGCAGCUGUGCUCUUCAUACUGUUGCUGCUGGUACUGGUUCUACUGAUGCAGGAGAGGAAGACCUUUCUUAUAGUGUGGUCCAAAUCUUUCCUGGUCAACAGCAGCCAGUCAGAUGCAGCAGAGGUACACCUCACCUACAAGGCAACCGCAACCAGACUAGAUGUUCUGAUGAUCGUUCCUGCUGAUGUGUGCGUGGGAGAGAAAACUGCUUGGCUUCUCUAG